AUGCACGAGUCCAACCUUCAUAUAAACUUCAUCGAGCUCCCUUUCCCCUGCGCCGAAGCUGGCCUUCCCCUCGGCUGCGAAAACUGUGACCUCCUCCCUUCUAAAGACCUCGUUGUGAACUUCUUCGACGCCAUCCGACUCUUUGAUCACUCUAUCGAGCAACGCCUCAAAGAUCUCGUCCCCCGCCCGACCUGCAUGAUCAACGACAUGAGCAACCCUUAUGUUUGUCAGCAGCAUAAGAUUUAUGAGACUGUUACUGAUGAGUUUGAGGAAAUUUCAGUGCCUGGUUUGGCUGAUAAUGAUGAUGAUGUUGUUGAGGAGACUACUGAUGGGGUGGUCAUGAACACUUUCCAUGAUGUUGAGCCUAUGUUUGUGGAGGCUUACAAGAAGGUGAUUGGAAAGGAUGUUUGGACUGUUGGGCCAUUGUGUUUAUAUGAUAAGGAUGAUUUUUGUGCUAGGAUUGAGAGAGGGAAUAAGGCUGCAGUGGAUCCAGAGAAGUUGUUCGGUUGGCUUGAAUCUAUGGAGGAAAGGUCUGUGCUUUAUGUUAGUUUUGGGAGUCUGACACGGAUGAAUGUGGGACAGAUAUUGGAGAUUGGGUCAGGACUUGAGGCUUCUGGGGUUCCCUUACUUUGGGUUAUUAAGGAUGUGGAGAAGUCUCCGGAGGUUGAGGAGUGGUUGAAAGGAUUUGAGCAGAGGAUGAGUUUGAGGAGUUUUGUUAUCAAUGGAUGGGCCCCACAAGCAGCGAUACUUUCACAUAAGUCCGUUGGUGGUUUUGUUAGUCAUUGUGGGUGGAACUCAACGUUGGAGGCAGUCUCAAAUGGUGUGCCAAUGAUCACUAGCUGCAGUUUGCAGACCAGUUCUUGA